GCCGUUUCCUGAUCUGAGGGAGCAGCCCCAGGGUGCGGGGCACCUCCUGGCCACUCCAGAGAGCCUACUGGGUGUUUGUGCACCCAGAAGGCCUGUGGGGGAGGGGAGGGCUGCCACCCCACCUUGGUGCUAGUCUGGCCUGGUCACUGUGCUUCCUCUCCGCCCCCAGCAAUCACCACCUGACCUUGAGGGCUUUCUCUCCCACGGUGGCUGCCAUGGGGGGGAGGGGACCAGGCUUUCACAAGCCUGCCUGUGGGGUGACCUUGGCCUACAACUCACACCCAGGGCUUGUGUUCCUAGUCUCAUACGCCCCCAUUGUGGAGCCCCCCCCAGGCCACUGUGGCUUCCCCAAAGCCAGUUUCUCCUUUUUUUCAUUUCUGCUAGGGGGGCGGGGGCGCCUGGGUUAUACUCCUUCCGCCUUCUGUGACCCCAUUGUAGAGGGUGGGGACCUCAUCACCCCCUCCUCCUCCACCUCCUCCUUCUCCUCCUCCUCCUCUCUGGCCUUUGUUCUCUGCCCUGAAAGGGGGAGGGGGUAGGGGCGCCCUGCCUUAGGGCAGCAAGGCCUAGACAGGAUGUUAGGAAAAUAUUUAGUAACCGGCUGGGAGGGAGGCUGGGGCUGGGGCUGGGGCUGGCCCGCACCCGGUUCCCGGUUUUGUUGCCUUUUUUUUGUUGUUGUUCCCUCCUCAUUUUCUUGGCGGCGGUAGGGCCUUCCUCAGACUAGGGCCCUGGCCACCUCCCAGGAGGGUGACACAGGCCUCAGCAAUCUGCCGGGUGCCAGGGUGGGGGAAGCAGGCAGCUGCCCGCCCGGUGAGGGGGUGGGCAGGUUCCCGGGCCUCCCCAGCCUGGCCACAGGAAACCUGCUCCACAGCUUUGGUGGCAGAUUUUUCCCUUCCUCCUGCCCCAGGCCCUCACCCCCUUCUGCCAUCAACGUGUAGCGUCCUGCCCUCAGCAAGCAGCUCAGAGGAGGGGGCAGGGAGGGGGCACUAGGAGCUGGGUGGUCUGCCAUCCGUAGGGUUGGGGGAUUCUGGGAGCUGGUGUCCCAGGAUCCAGGUGGGGGCUGCAGGUGAUUUCCUGGAGCAAGUGUGAACAGAGCUGUUGGCCACUGGGGGGCUGCGGUUGGCAGGGGGGCCCAGGGCGUGUUUGGUUCACAUCCUCCCUAGCGCCUGCGUCAGGAGGGAGCUGGGGGGGGCACUGGGCGGAGUGACUGGGCUCCCCAGGGUUGCUUCCCUGGCUGGCACCGAGUCACGCCCGCCCAUUCACCCUCCCCAGAGAGGAAGUACAGGGUGGGGGGGAGACCCCAGCUGCUCUCGGGAAGCUACCCCAGGUCCUUUCUGCAAGGGGUGUCUCUGGGACAGAGGGCUGUGCAGACUGGGCCUCGGGUGGAGGCUGCACCCUGCCCGCCUCCUUGCCCCCCUCCCCACGGGCCCCAAGCAGAGAAGGUUACGCCAGCCGCUGCCAGCGGAGCGCUGGGAGGGAACGCUGGGAGGCGGUCGGUUCUGAGUCAUCCCGGCUUGUGUCACUUCUCAGAAACCUCCGCCCCCCCAUCCCGGCCCCUGAGGAGAACAAGGCACUGGCCAGGCCCCAGAGCAGGAAGCUCAGUGAGCACAGGGUCAGAUAUACCCCUGCCCACCGUGGAGGGGCCACCGGGAGGGUUGAUGUUCAUCAGGGCGUGUUGAGGCCCCAGGAGACUCUGGCCCCAGGGACAGGUCAGGGCCUCCUUCCUGCAGUAAUGCCGCCGCCCCCUCGGCCUCCACCCCGCCCAGGACAGAUAAAUAUUUAUCUUGAGAAAGCAAAGGUUAGGACGGAAGAAUUUGUCCAGGAAUUCCGCCCACUCGCUGGCCUGGUGGCUUAGCUUAUGAGGGGGCCUGUGAUUGGUCCCCCUCCUAUAUCCACAGGCCGAGAGGAUUUGGGGGCUGGAAAGGAUGGGGGAAAGCCCCCAGCGGCGCCCGGGCCGGGCCGGGCUGGCGGAGGAGGCUUCCGGAAAUACAGAUUCAUUUUAUUUAAGCGUCCGUGGCACCGACAGGGACCCCAGAGCCCAGAGAGGGGCGGCGAGAGGCCCCAGGUCAGUGACUUCCUGUCGGGCCGCUCGCCGUUGACAUUGGCGCUUCGAGUGGGUGACCAUAUGAUGUUCGUCCAGCUGCAGCUAGCUGCCCAGCAUGCCCCACUGCAACACCGCCACGUGCUGGCCGCUGCAGCUGCUGCGGCUGCAGCUGCCCGAGGGGACCCCAGCAUAACCACCCCCGUGGCCUCUCCCUGCCGGCCAGUAUCCAGUGCUGCCCGAGUCCCUCCAGUGCCCAGCAGUCCGUCCCCCUCCUCACCUUCCCCUGUCACAGCCGGCUCCUUCCGAUCCCACACAGCCUCCACCACCUGUCCCGAGCAGAUGGACUGCUCCCCACCUGCCAGCAGCAGUGUCAGCCCUGGUGCCAAUGCCACAUCUACCCCGGGGGGCAGCCCAAACCCCCGCUCCCGAAAACCCGGUGCCGUCAUCGAGAGCUUUGUGAACCAUGCCCCAGGGGUCUUCUCAGGGACCUUCUCUGGCACGCUGCACCCCAACUGCCAGGACAGCAGCGGGCGGCCGCGCCGGGACAUCGGCACUAUCCUGCAGAUCCUCAACGACCUCCUGAGCGCCACGAGGCACUACCAGGGCAUGCCCCCCUCGCUGACCCAGCUCCGCUGCCACGCCCAGUGCGCUGCGGCCCCUGACCUCGCCCCCAAAACUACCUCCUGCGAGAAGCUGGCGGCGCCCCCAGCCUCCUUGCUCCAGGGCCAGAGCCAGAUCCGCAUGUGUAAGCCCCCGGGGGACCGGCUCCGGCAGACGGAAAACCGCGCCACGCGCUGCAAGGUGGAACGUCUGCAGCUCCUGCUGCAGCAGAAAAGGCUCCGCAGAAAGGCCCGACGCGACGCCCGGGGCCCAUACCACUGGCCACCUAGCCGCAAGACCGGCCGCAGCGACAGCAGCAGCAGCGGGGGCGGCAGCAGCCCCAGUGAGGCUGCUGGCCUGGGCCUGGACUUCGAGGACUCCGUUUGGAAGCCAGAAGUCAACCCCGACAUCAAGUCUGAGUUCGUGGUGGCCUAGGAUUGGUCACCCUCGCCCCUCAAAUCCCCCAGCCCAGGGCAGUGGGGAUGCCAAGAGCCCGGAGCCCUGCCAGGAACAUGGCCCAGCUCUGGAGGGCAGGUGGCCACUCCCCCCGCCCACCAGAAGCCUUUCUUUGUUUUUUUUGUUUUUUUUUUUUUAAAUUCUUAACCAUGGUUUUCCGAACUCCAUUGGACUUGGCUUCCUACCUCCUGCCCCUCCCCCCCAGCGCCCCUCCUCCCCUCACUUCACCCCAGCUCUUGGGCCCCCCCUGGCCUGUGUGCCGGGUCCUCCCGCCCACCUUCCCCAGCUCCAAAUAUGUAGCAGUCUCUCCAGAUGGUUGAGAGCAGGAGACUGAGGAGACCGCCCCCACCCCCUUCCGCUCUGCUCCCCCCACACCCGAUUCAGGUUUUAAGUCAAAAAUGUAGAUGCCUCAUGAAGCACUUUACAGACAGGGGAGGGGGCCGGGGAGAGGAGGACCCAUCCCACCCCCCACUGCAGACUUCUGGCCUCCACCCCAGGCCAGUGGGACCUCCCUGGGCUGCAAUAGCAGACUUGCCCGGGGCCAGCCGGGUCCCCACAGCCAAGUAGGGGACUGUUUUCUCUUCCACUUCUAGUCUGUUUUUUUCUUCUGGGCCUCUUUGUCCAUUUUCCUUUUUUUUUUUUCUUUCUUUAAAAAGGAAAGCAAAGCUGUUUCAGCAGAGAGGCUGGCUGGUGGGGGGCUGCCUUGGAUUUGGGUGGAGGGAUGUGGGACCCUUUCCUGACAGGAAAGGAAGUGAGGGGGACAGACCUCCCUCCACCCAGCCCUGGCCCACCAUGACCUCCACCGUGCUAUUUCCUCUGCCCCCGCCCCCAUUUUUUUUUUUUCCCUGACCUCCUGCCUGAGCUUGGGGUAUUUAUAGACUAUUAAUUUUCUGACUGAGCCAAUAGUGGUUGGGAAUCUCUUCAAAAACUGGGAGAGAAUGGCUGGGGCUGGUGCGACGCCCCCCACCCCGACCCAGGCCCCGGAUGUGGGGCCUCCCCUGUGGCCAGGGCGGGCAGGGGGUGCUGAGCUGUGAAUCCCCUGAGUAGGGGGCAACGCUGUGUAGCAUUAACCCCCUUGGGGGGGGUCCGCUGCUGGUCUAACUUGGACCCUCCCCACUCAGUGCCCAUGCCCUGGGGGGUGUUUGGCCCAGGACUGAGGGACAUCUGGCUGCUGGGGCCAUUUCAAUGGGGGUAGAAUUUUUAGGUUUUUUUUUUCCCAUUCACUUUUUAUUUUUUAAAUGAUUAUGGAGACGUUUGGGCCCUGCCCCACCCACCUGUCAGUCUUGUCCUGGCCCCGCCUGUCCUCUACCCCCCCCCCCCGUAGGUGAACCCCAGGUCCUCACUUCCCCCCCCUUAUGUGUUUAAAGUUAAUGGUUUCAGAUGUGAACAUCAUGUGUUAUAACUGUAGCUCUGUAAAUUUUUUUGUGGGGGGGGGGUGGGCAGGGAGGGAUCCCAGAGGGUAGAAGUUGAGGAUUUGGUUUUUUUUGUUUUUGUUUUUCAAAAAAAAAAAAAGAAAAAUAGAAAAAAAAAGAUGAGAAAAAAGGGGUGGGUUUGUUUUUUUGAAAAACUGUCUUGGAUACCUAUUUAAAUGUGUGUUCUGUUUUGUUUUUUAACGAUUUUUAAAUUACGUCUGUGCCUCCGUGGGUCCAGGGUGGAGGCCCCAGGCGGGAACCAGCUGGCCCCCCUCUGCCCUGUUGGGUACCCCCAAGAAAGCAUUACCCGCCCUCGGGGAUCGGGCCGGGGGGGUCCCCGGCACCUCGCGUGAGUUUCCUGUAUGAAAACAUAAAAUCGAAAAAGAAAACCUACACGAGCACCGUGAUUUCAAGUAAUAAACAGAAAAUGAAACACAA